AGUGGUGAGGAGAGACGCUGACAGAGAGGAGCACAAACCCAAGUGAAAAGGGGGUUGAACCGAGGACGUGUGGUUUCUUGGAAAAGUGGCAUCUUGUGCGAGGAAGGCAAGUCUUCUGCUGGCCAUCAUCAGCCUCUCUGGACUUCAUACAAACCACCGCCUGAGUCUGACUGCUCAAUUCAUCCGGACUUUCUAACCUGCAUCCAAACUUCCUAACCAUGAGGACAAACGUGUGGAUUUACCAAGCUGUGGUGUGUGUUGUGGUCACUGUACUGGACACAGGUUUUUGUAAAAGGACUCAUCAGUUGUUACAGAAGUAUGAGAAGACUGAGAGUCACAUGCUGGUUUGCACAGACUGCCCUCAGCCCCCGUUGGUACGAAACAGCCGAUCGCAGGAACACUGCGCCCGCAAGUGCAAGAAGGUCAAGAAAAACUUCAACUGCAGGGCUUUCAACUUCCAACGGCACAACAGGAAAUGCCACUUGCUUCCCUUUGACCGCUUCACCCACGGUGUGCAGAAGCAGACCAACGUCAACUUUACUUUGUAUGAAAAAAAAGAUUAUAUAAGGGAGUGUAUCAUCGGCACCAAGGACAACUACAGGGGGAGGAGGUCUUGGACGAAGUCAAACAUCACCUGCCAAGCUUGGUCAGAUAAUAACAUCAAUGAACACACGUUUUAUCCUGAUAGGUACCCAACACAAGACCUGAGGGAGAACUUCUGUCGGAAUCCCAACAACGACCCCGGUGGUCCGUGGUGUUACACCACAGACCCCAACGUACGAGCAGAGGAGUGUGGCAUACCACAGUGUUCGGAGGAAAUCUGUAUGACAUGUAAUGGGGAAGAUUAUCGGGGCAAAAUGGACCAUACAGGGAGUGGCAAAGAGUGCCAAAGAUGGGAUUCACCAAGGCCUCACAAACACCGUUUUCAGCCCAAAAAGUAUCGGCACAAAGAUUUAAAGGACAACUACUGUCGUAACCCAGAUAAUCGCCUCCGUCCCUGGUGCUACACAAUGGAUCCCAAAACACCGUGGGAGUACUGCAACAUCUCUGUGUGUGAUUCGGACUCAAGUGAGGACACAGAUGUCAAUGUAACAACAUCCUGUGUCCAGGGAAAAGGUAGAGAUUACCGAGGCACAAUGAAUGUCACUCCGGAGGGUGUGACGUGUCAGCGCUGGGACUCCCAGUUGCCCCAUAACCACUCCUUUCUCCCUCAGAACUUCAAAUGCAAUUUGUGUAUGUGUUAUAGAGACCUCAGAGAGAACUACUGCCGUAACCCCGAUGGUGCAGAGUACCCAUGGUGCUUCACUACAGACCCUAAUCAGAGGAUAGCCAACUGCACCCACAUCCCCAGGUGUGAUGCUGAGGCCACACAAAAAAUAGAGUGUUAUGAAGACAACGGAGAAACAUACAGGGGCACUUUAUCCACAACUCGAUCUGGGAUUCCAUGUUCAAACUGGUCAAAUCACAUAAACAGUGGGGAUUCUCACUCUACAGACUCCCACGUGGGGCUGGAGAAGAACUACUGCCGGAACCCAGACCGGGACAAACAUGGCCCCUGGUGUUACACCAAUCCAAAUAACCGCUUGGCCUGGGACUACUGCAAACUGAAGCGCUGUGAAUCAGCGACAGUGGCUCCUCAACGCAACACUCUGACUGGGCCCAAGAUAUCGUGCUUUGUGCAUAUAAACACCAGAAUUGUUGGAGGACACCAAGUGCGUGGGACAGAUGGCAGCUGGGUUGUUAGCAUCCAAAGAGAGAAUGUUCAUUUGUGUGGGGGCUCGUUGAUCAGAGAAGACUGGAUUUUGACGGACCAACAGUGCUUCACCUCCUGUGUUCCAGAUCUCAAGGAUUACAGUGUGCAGGUUGGUCUGCGCCACCUCAAUGAAUCCUCAAGCCAUCCAAGGCUACGCAUCUCUCGCCUUAUAUGUGGUCCAGAAGGAUCCAACCUGGUUAUGCUGAAACUAGAGGAUCCCGCCCCUGUGUCCGAAGGUGCCUCCACUAUUCAUCUUCCAGUGAAAGAGUGUCACAUUGCCGAGGGCACCAACUGCACCAUGUACGGAUGGGGGGAAACCAAAAACACAGGAUACGAUGAGGCACUGAACGCUUUGACCAUGCCCAUGGUCAACAACGACAUGUGCUCACAAAUCAAAGGGGACGCUGGGGAGAGCAGGAUAUGUGCCGGCGGCAAGAGAGGAGAAGGCGUGUGUGAUAAAGACAACGGUGGUCCAUUGGUCUGCCAGGAACACGAGCGCAAAGUCAUCAUCGGCGUUAGCAUCCAAAGGACUAAAUGCGCCUCAUCACAGCCUGCGCUUUUUGUAAACGUUGCUUUCUACUCUGAGUGGAUUUACAAAGUGUUCAAACUUUACCCCAGUCUGGAGAGGAACUGAUGGCGUGGUGUGAAAAUCAAUGCACGACUUUACCGCAGCCUGCGAGAGAAGGAGCGGCUCUGGGCCAACAAAUUCCAAGGCCUCUCCAGCACGGUCCACGGGGGAGAAAUGAGGAAAAUCACCUAAUGGAAAGUGGCCAUUUUGGGAUUUUGUGGCUGAAUUAGUCAUUUCCACGGCGAUGACAGAAAUUAGUGAUUGAAGACUGGAUAAACCAAAUGGAAUUCUUCCACUUUGCAAAUGAAGACAUUCCGGUUGUUAGCCUUAAUAUCGUUCUUACUGCCAAAGUCUCAGGCACAUGGACGGCAUACUAAUUGUUUUUUGACAUGUUCAGAGUUUCUGAAGCCAUGCGAACAAAGACGAUGAAAACGACUCAGUAUUAUCUCCUGGAUAUACUUGAACAUGGACAGAGUCCAGUUAUCUGGAGGUCACCACAUGAGGUACCCUCCUGAAACUGGGAAGUUUGUUGUUGUUGUUUUUUUUUGUCUUUUUAAUGUGUUGAGCUGGACUGCAAAACAUAUUUAAUUACCUCCAGCACAAAUAAUGUGGAUGGGUAACUGCGGCAACUAACAUCCGUCCAUGAAUUUUAGGAUACCUUACAAAUAUCACGGCAAAUAUGAUAAAUAUUAUUCGGCCUGUGAAUUAAUUCAACAAAGAUCUAUGAUAAUACCAAAAGGGAGGAAAAUAUAAGCAUGAAGAAGUCAUUAUAAAUUAUCCAUUAGGUAGUACAGACACUAGAAACCCAAGUGAUAAAACAGUGAUUAAGCAAAGCCUCCAAAGAUCAAAUUUAGCUUCAGAUAUACCAGUAGUUAAAUAUAUGAAAUAUAUGGAAGCCCAUUUCUGCCAAUGUAAUGGGGGGAAGAAAGAUAGAGAAACUUUCUAAAAUAAAAUGAGAAACGUUCUCAAAAUAAUGACUUGAAAAAUUUGUAUUUCAAGAUAAUGAGUAGCUAUUAGGGAUGCACCAAUGUAUCGGCCGAACAUCGGUAUCGGCUGAUAUUUGCACUACUUCAGUGGCCGAUGCUUUUCUCCUGUGUCACAUAAAUUUUGUGCAGGGUAAAAAGUAGGAUUAGAAACUAACAGCAUCCCGUCUCCCAUCUUCCCCGGGAUGCCUUUGGGACAAAAGAACGCAGUAACCUUGAACACAUUAGAGAACAUACCUUGUUUUUUCCCUGAUAAUGCUACAUUGUGAACAACAAAUCAGUGUUGAAAUCGGCAGGUGGAGAGCUAGUUAACGUUAGCUGUUAACAGCCGAUAGCCACAACUAACAGCUAACAGCUAAUAGCUACUGCUAAUUUCCAGUGCCUGUCAUUAGAGGGGCCUUUAAAAUAAACACAAAACAUGACCACAGACAACACGGUAAAACUCUGUCGUACUACAUUUUGUUGACGUUACAGGAACAGCAGUGCGAUUUAUCAGCAUACUCAGCAUAUACACACACAGACACCUACUACAUACAUGUAUAUAUACUAGGGUUGUCAUGAGAACUGAUACUUCGGUACCAAGUUGAUGCCAACACGCAAAAAAUACGUUGGUACCUGUUGUUUUUUUUCGGUACCAUAAGUACUGGAUACAGCUUUGCCCUCAGCCGGCCUUGUUGAUUCCUGUUGGAACUGACGGGGGCAGUAUACGCGCGUCAGGCUGCACCGAGGACGAGCGCCGAAGAAGAACGCCUGUUCUCCAUCGUCUUUGCUAGAAACAAUGGCUUCUACAAGUGCUAGAGUUUAGAUCAGGCCCAAAAAAUCCAGCCCGACCCCACCCGAGCAUGUGCAUACUCUGUCUGAGCCGCUCUCGUUCCUUUAACUGUAAUUACGAGCCCAAGUCCAGUUCAAACCCUACUUUUUUUAAGGAUACCAACGUUGCAAAAGGACUCCCGCACACUGUCUAACUUGCAAUAUAAAAUUUAUUUGCAACGUUUCAGUACUAGACCUUCAUCAGGCAAACAGACUACGAACAUGGACAUUGAAGGCUGACUCUCAUCUUUCUUUCCAUGGCAAGCCUUCGUCAUGUGCCUCUUAAAUGUCGAGGUCCCUGUCUUUCUGCUGUCCUAUACCAGCAUCGUGCUGCACUUUGUACACUCGACGAAGCCAACACACAUGUUGUCACCGUCGAUCACUCACAUGUGCACGGCGAGUGGUGCCAUCAAGGGGAAGAUAUCGGCCCAGAAUCCUACAAUGGGUGCAUCCCCAAUUAGUAUCUUAAAAUAAUGAGAUGCUUUCUAUAAACAGUGGGAAAUGUUCUCCAAAUAUUGACUUACUUAUUUCAGAAUAACGACUUAGCAUCAGUUCUCAUUCAUUUGAGAUAAUAACUCAUUGUUUUCUCAUCAUAAAGUCUUACAGGAUCAUUUUCCUUUCAUCACACAGGCUAAAAUGAGCUUUCAUAAGAACCCUGUGCUGCUGCCUGCAGAGCGACCUGCAGCAGCAGCCUUGGCAAAGCGAGCAGUGCUAAUUGUGUGCAGUAGCUGGACUACCUUUUCCCCAGUUAGCUGUAACUGUUAGAUUCCCCGAGAGAGGGUUUAAGUAGGACUGAGCAAACCGCUCCAAAAUCUUAUGCUAAUGUUUGUAGCAUGAGAGAGAGAAGAGCCAUGCCAAAUAUAACAUGGCUAUUUGGUCUCCAGUUUGGAGGGAACUUUGGCCCCUGGUGGGCUGUGUGUGGUCAGUAGGAUAUUUUAUACUGAGUCCUUCUGUACAUAGAACUGCAGAUUUAUUGAGGAUGUUUCUGCUGUGCUGUGAGAUAUUAUAGGUCUUAUAGAUCUGGAAUAUUUUGGGUUCACUGAGUAAUGUCAGAUUGGCUUUUUUGUGCCUCGUAUUAUGUUUGGUAUUUAAAGAGUCUGCGAGCUUGUCAGUAGUAGGUAGGCAUAUUUAUUUUUUUAAUCAGCAGAGGACGUCGUUUGAAAAGGAGCCAGAUUUGGCACGAUGUUUAGAUUUUUGUGUCUUCAUGAUGAUUUCAGAAUAACUGGGGUGCAUGUUUGACUCACGGAUAGCCACACAAACAUGAUGUAACAUACUGUGUUACAAGACUACAGAAGCCUGACAACGAGAUUAUUAUCUCAGAAUUCUGACCAAGGUUUUUAAUAACAAAAAAUUGUUCUUUUGUUUUUGUGAAUUAUUUAGAUUAUUGUUAAUUCAAAAAAGCAAGAGCACCAUUUGAUAUCCAUGCACAUUUUUCUUAGAUAAUAAUCUCAAUUAUUUAAAGAAAUGAGAAUUUACAAGAUUAUUAUCAAGUUAAUUUUUAAAAAAAAAAAAUGAGCGUCAUUUGUUAUCCACGUAAAUUUCUCUUAAAAUUCUAAGAUAAUAAUCUUGUUAAUUAUAAAUGAUAAUUAACGAGAUUAUUAUUAUUAUAUAUCUUUUUUCCAUGAAAACUUUUCUUAGAUUUCUGACAAAAUAAUCUCAUUAAUUGAGAAAAACGAGAAUUUAAAAGAUUAUCUCAAUAAUUAACAUAAACAAGAGCAUAUUUUCUUUUCCAUGCUAACUUUUUCUCAGAUUUCUGUGAUAAUAAUAUCUUUAAUUCAGAAAAACUAGAUCUAACAAGAUUAUUAUCUUGAUAUUUAGAAUAAACAAGAGCAUAUCUUCUUUUCCAUCAAACUUUACUCAGAUUUCUGAGAUAAUAAUCUUUUUAAUUCAGAAAUACUAGAAUGCCUUUUGUUAUCCUUGCAAUUUUUUCUUGAAAUUCUGCGAUAGUAAUCUUGUUUAUUCAAGAAAAAAGAGAAUUAAUGAGAUGAUUAUCAAGUUAAGUCAGAAAAACAAGAGCAUAUCUUAUUUUCUGAUGAUUUGUUCUCAGAAUUCUGAGAUAAUAAUCCUAUUAAUUAAGAAAAAACGGGACAAACUGUUUUUCUCCAGCCAAUGCAUUACACUUCUGUCCAGCCUCAUAUGGUUUAAGCUGUUAAUUGAUGAGUGCUUUGUUCUGCCCAGAGUUUAACAUAACAUGUUGAUAUUUCUGUGCGUAUCUACAGAAACGUGCAAAAACACAAAAACAUGUCAGACACAUCUGCAUAUGUUUUUAGGAUGCUCUUCCAUGUUAAAAUCAUCUACAUGAAAUACAAAAAAUCUGGUGCAAGUAUCCAGUAGGCAUUCAUUUAAAAUACACAAAUAUUUUAUUUAGAAAAUAAACAAAAACAUACAGCAACAUCUUACGUCAAGUUUCUUGCAAUUAUUGCCACCCCAAAGGCCUAAAGAAGUUAACAAAAGUUAAAGCAAAGGAUCACAGCAUCUGCACAAAUGAAGUGUGUGUGUGAUGUUUAAGAUGUUUGCUAGAAGUCAGAUGAAUGUUUGCUGCUGUGAGUAUUUACUCAGCCAGUUACACUAGAAUGUUUCUCUUAAAAAUUGUAUCUGUUUAUGACCAUUUCUGAAUAAGCAGAAGUUUCCAGAUGAUGUCUGUAGCCUUAAAUCACACCAGAAUGGCCCCAUGAUUCACCACCUGUUUAGCAUUAAAAGUAUUUUACUCAUGUUUGUGUGGCUCCUACGCAAAAGUUAAACCAUGUAUAAUAUUCUCAGCUUUAAGACGACUUUUCUGAAUAUCACACGGAGAAUGGUACAUAGCAGUAAAGGAACAAACAUUCAUAUCAGGGCUUUUAAUUCAAUGAAUUUUAAUACAAUAAUGCCUUUGGUUCAAGUGUGUCAAAGACCAUAACUGUAUAUAAUGAAAUAAUUACUGUGGCCUUAAUUGUACUUUGAGGGGAAUGCAACCCUCUUAUCAACUUGCACGGAUUAAAAGCGAGGGGAGAGUCAAUGAAGUAGGAAUUUAAACGAAGAAAUCUCCAUUAAAGGCAACUGACAUAGAAAGUGAGGCAGGUGAAACCAAAUAUCACAUAUUCUCAGUUAUAUGGCGUAUCAUAUAAUUGUAAUGUACAUUGAUUUUGCUCUCAUGGCGUUGUGACUGUUAUUUAAUUUACCUUAAUGUAAAUAGGCCAGUGCAUUCUGUAAAUUACACCUUGUAAUAUUUGUACAUAUCAUACUUAAGUAUUUUUACCUUGUGAUUAUUCUGUUUAUAUGUUUGUAUACUGUCAAUUUUAAAUAUAACAGCUGCUAUUUUGUGUUAGUGAGUUGUUUUAUAUCUAUGACCUUUCCUGAA